UUUACCAUCAAAGCUUCCUCCAUGUUUUCCCAUGCAAUUCCAUUCCUUCAUCACAAACCUAUGAUGGAUUCCGGCAACCUCUCCUCCUCCUCCGCCCUGCCCGCUUUGGUUUCCGCUGGAAACUUUGGGCUCUGGCCGCUCCUUGACUUCCAAAUCUUGGAGAUCUCUUUCGCUCUUUUCGUGUUCUUGGCCAUCCAUGUCGUUAGACAACAACGACGAUAUGGCUUGCCUGUUUGGCCGAUCGUUGGAAUGUUACCAUCUCUGAUCACAGCAGCACGUGGGAAUCUCUACGAAUGGAUUACUGACCUCCUCCGUCAUCAUAAGGGUACGUUUCAAUUUCGAGGCCCGUGGUUUAGUAGUCUCAAUUGUGUAGUCACUGCUGAUCCCCGAAACUUGGAGCACCUUCUCAAGACCAAAUUUCCUUCCUACCCUAAAGGGCCAUUCUUCCGCGACACGGUGAGAGACCUUCUCGGUGAUGGAAUAUUCGGGGCUGACGAUGAGACGUGGCAACGACAGAGGAAGGUGGCCAGCAUUGAGUUUCACUCGGCGAGGUUCCGACAGAUGACGGUGGAGUCGCUGGUGGAGCUCGUGCACUCGAGGUUGGAAACAGUGUUGGAGGAUUUCCUGGGACGGAGGACGGCGGUGGACCUGCAGGAUGUUCUUCUGAGAUUGACGUUUGACAAUGUGUGUAUGAUUGCCUUUGGGGUGGAUCCCGGCUGCUUGCGCGGCGGCUUGCCGGAGAUUCCAUUUGCUAAGGCCUUUGAGGAUGCGACUGAAGUCACUGUUCUACGCUUCAUCACACCUACGUUCGUAUGGAAAAUCUUGAGGUACCUGAACUUGGGAGUGGAGAAGAAGCUGAAGCAAUCGAUACAAGCCGUCGACGAAUUUGCAGAGGACGUGAUUCAAACACGGAAGAGAGAACUCUCCACGACGGCGCAACCGCAAGCCGAGAACCAAAGAUCCGACCUAUUAACCGUAUUUAUGAGGCUAAGAGACGAGCAACGGCGGCCAUUCUCCGACAAGUUUCUCAGAGAUAUUUGCGUCAAUUUCAUACUCGCCGGAAGAGACACGUCUUCCGUCGCAUUGAGUUGGUUCUUCUGGUUGCUCGAUCGAAAUCCCGACGUGGAGGACAAAAUUCUAGCAGAAAUUUACAGAAUCGUCGGCGAACGAGAAGAGGCCAAAACCAGAGAGUUCCGAUUUGAUUCGUUAGUGUUCAAACCAGAGGAAAUCAAGAAAAUGGAGUAUUUGCACGCGGCGAUUUCCGAAGCCCUAAGAUUAUAUCCAUCAGUUCCAGUCGAUCACAAAGAGGUCGUGGAGGACGAUGUAUUCCCAGACGGAACGAUUCUGAAGAAAGGAACAAAAAUCAUCUACGCUAUAUACGCGAUGGGAAGAAUGGAAGCGAUUUGGGGGAAAGAUUGUCGCGAAUUCAAACCUGAGAGAUGGAUGAAAGACGGUCGGUUCAUGAGCGAAUCAGCGUAUCGAUUCACCGCCUUCAACGGCGGUCCUCGGCUGUGUCUGGGAAGGGAUUUCGCGUACUAUCAAAUGAAAUACGUCGCCGCCUCGAUCAUCAGCCGGUACCGGGUGGCGGUGGUGAAGGGGCAUCCGGUGGAGCCGAAGCUUGCCCUAACUUUCUACAUGAAGGACGGCUUGAAGGUCAAUUUGAUCAAACGAGAAGAGGGGCAGAUUCGGAAAUACGUGAAGCUAAAUUGACUGAAGCCCUGAAAUUCAGUGGGAGUGUUAAUAAUUUGAAAUAAUUAUAAUUUCUUUUUAUUAUUUUGUUUU